AUGCCAAAGCUAAAAAUUAGUCCGGAAGAAGUACCAUUUCGUGCCGUGUUCUUUCUAGAGGCGAUUCAAUGGGCCGUCGGCGCGUUUGUUUAUAAUGAAGAAUAUGAAAUAGAAUAUUCGACCAUUGUGCUAGUUCCAUUCGUACUGGGAUGUGCCGUGAUGUCGUUGAUUGAUUCAACUCUAAAUGGAACGCUGUAUCAUGGUGUGCUCUUCUUCAGCGCCAACUUUUCCGUGGCAAUGCUAAUUACAGUCAUUUGGCAGAUUCUCGGCAUUUAUCACGGCUUCACGGAGAUAUUAAUUCCAAUGGUCACUGUCACCUCUGUUGCCGAGGUCAUUAUAAUACUGACUAUCGCGGAUUCAUGGAGGAAAGGUGAAUGGAAAUUACACGAUAAAUCACCAAAAGUGAAAUCUCAUCCAAAGAUGGACGAAUUCUUUGAUCAUUUGACGAGCAUGUUUUAUAGCAUUGUCAACUUGUAUGGUCCGUUGACAGCGACCAAUGUUAUUAUAAGCAUAGCAAGAGGAGAUUGGUUAACUUUCGUGUUUGAUCUUGGUACAUUUACGCUAUCAACAAUAACGAUGAGACUGAUGACUAUUGGGGUCCGCCUUCAAUCGAACAUACUUAUGAAUUUAUCCUAUGCGUUAAGUUUGAUUUUGAUGGUAUCACUACCGUUUCGCGUUCUUGGAGAUACGAUUAGUCCGGAUAAAUUGUUUUCUGUAAUUAUUCUUGGAAUGACGGUAUAUUCUGGUUUUGUUGGACGGCAGUGCCAGACGUUGUUUGACAAGAAUCUAAAGAUAAAUUAG